AUGUUAUUAUUUCGUAAUUUUUCAACUUUUAAAGAUUUAAAUUUUAGACUUUUAGUUAAGGGAUUACCUUUUGAUGUAACUGAGUCUGAUAUUAAACAACUUUUUACAGGCUUCAAUUUAUCCUCAAUUCAUUUCAUCACAAGGAGGAAUAAACCACUAGGAAGUUGUUAUGUAUACUUAGAAGAGAAUGAAGCCAAAGAUGCCAUAAAACUACUCAAUGGCAAAUUCUUCAAGCAAAAAAAAUUGGAGGUGACAUUGGAUUUGUUGAAGAUUGACGAUAGAAUACAAUUAGUACAUAAACCGGAAUCUGUGGAUAGAUUUAGAGAACCUUCAAGAUAUCAAUAA